AUGGCGGCCGUAAUCACCCAAACCUCGUCCCUGGCGAACAAUGCCAGUAUCAAGCUCAAUAUCACCGCCCCCCUCCCAUCCCCUACACAACCAGCCAAAAAAACCAACAUCCUCUCCUCCCUACCACCCUCUCUCGUUCCCUACGCCGAGCUGAUGCGCCUCCACCAACCAGCUGGCAUCUACGCCGCCUACGUCCCACACCUCAUCGGAGUCUUCCUCGCCGCCGCCUCUCCAACCCUGACCUCCCACCGACCAACCCCCACCCACCUCGCCAGUCUCACCAUCCUGCACGCCCUCAGCAACACACUCCUCCGCGGCUCUGCUUGCGCCUACAACGAUGCCCUGGACGCCCCCUACGACCGCCAAGUCGCACGAUGCAAGAACCGGCCCGUAGCACGCGGGGCCGUCUCGGUAGCGCAAGCACACGCCUUCGCCUUCUUCCUCGGCCUCUGCUGGAUCCUAACCUUAUCAACCCUCCCCUCUACUAGCUACAUGCCCGCAGCCCUUCUCGCCGGCUCCAUGGCCUUCUACCCCUUCUGCAAACGCGUCACGCACUUCCCCCAACUUGUCCUGGGUCUAUCCCUAGCCCUCAGCCAGGGAAUCGGGUACGGGUCUCUGGGCGUGGAUCUCCGUGUUCUUGACUCCAGGACCCAGAUCGCUCUGGUAUGUCUGUACGUGUCGUAUGUAGUGCACACCAUGAUCUAUGACACGGUGUAUGCGCACCAGGAUCUGGAGGAUGAUUUGAAGGCCGGCGUACUUAGCAUGGCGGUGUUGUGUCAGGGGAGGACGAAGAUCGUGCUGACGGGGUUGGCAGCGGCGGAGGUGGGGUUGCUUGGGGUGGCGGGCUGGAUGAUGGGUUUCGGGGGGAUGUACUGGGGCGGUGCGGUGGGCGGCUCGGCGGUCGUGUUGGGGAGGAUGAUUUGUGUGGUCAGAUUGGAGGAGCCGAGGGAUUGUCGGAGGUGGUUUGAGAGGUUGUUGUGGUGCACUGGGGCUUGUGUUAUUGGGGGGUUGGUGGGGGAGUUUUGCUUGAGGGGGUGA